AUGUACAUUCCAAACCACCUUCGGGCUGGAACAUUAGACAGACCGUUUUCGAUUCCACGGUGCGAUUUGAUGGUAGUACUUUCAGCUGCGUUUGCUGCCCUCGCCACCCGUGGCAUGCGAUCGAAUUCGCGUACUGUGUACAUUUUUGGGAAUCCGGAUGUCACCGUUGUUUCGACACUACUACCAGUGCGUGCAGCGCGUCUACCGGAGCUCUACGAGAAGUUGCUACAACUACCUGGUGAAAAGCUUACACCUCUUAAGAGGGUAGGUCUUCUGAGCUCCUUGGAAUCACAUUCGAGUGGUCGAUUCGGAGUCGAUGCUCGCCGCACAGACAACGGAGCUAGACUCUUUCAGUUGUGUGCUGAUCACGAACUGUUUCUGGCAAGUACGAACUUUAAACAUAAACGUUCGCACUGCGUAACCUGGCGGCCGCAAACUACAAAUCAACCGUGGACCCAGUUGGACCACGUGGCCACCAGCCACCGGUGGAGAGCCACAAUCCAAGACUGCCGUUCUUUCUGGGGCACACCACUUGACUCCGAUCACGCCGUGGUGCGCGCACGCUUGACAGUUCGUUUCCCUUCAGGCCAUUGCAAGUCGGCAAGAAGCAUACCAAUCCACUAUCUUCGAAGAACUGCCGUAGCUCAACAGUAUCGAUCUAAGAUAGCCCAACAACUUUCCACAGUAAAACAAUACUGUGGUGGUAGUGAGCAUGUGGAUGAAGCCUGGCAAAAUGUGAAAGGAGAAAUGCUAGCGGCGUUCAGUCCUGUCUGCCCGACUUCUCCAAUUCGACCACUGGAUGUCGUCGAGGUCGUUGUCCAUGAUUGA